CUUCUGGUUCUUAAAGUUCAUCACCCUUCUCGGCACGUGCACGGCCGCCUUCUUCAUCCCUACAGAGUCCUUCCUGCACGCGUGGCAUUAUGUGGGUGUGGUCGGAGGAUUCGCCUUCAUCCUCAUCCAACUCAUCCUCAUCACAGCUUUUGCACACACAUGGAACAAGAACUGUGCACAGCAGCCUCGCUCGGGGCUCCUCCAGGCCUCCAUCAUCAGCUGUUACGUCAUGUACCUCACUUUCUCCGCCCUGUCCAGUCGUCCGCCAGAAAAAGUUGUGUAUCAGGGCAUGAACAUGACCGUCUGUUACCCCAGUGUGGGACAAGAUGGCAUCCAGAAUGAAGGCAACGCCGUCGCCAUCAUUGGAGCGGCCAUCAUGUACUGCUGUGUCCUCUUCGCAUGUAAUGAAGCUUCCUACCUGGCUGAGGUGUUUGGUCCGUUUUGGAUGAUUAAAGUUUAUCGUUACGAGUUCCAGAAAGCAACGUGCUGCUUCUGCUGCCCUGAGGAAGAGGAAGCUGAGGAUGAGUUUGUGAUUGACGAUGAGGACAAAGGUUGUCAGAAGGUUAUUCACAACGAGACCCAGCGAGUGGCCUACAGCUACUUCUUCUUCCAUUUCGUCUUCUUCUUGGCUUCACUCUAUGUGAUGAUGACGCUCACCAACUGGUUCAGCUACGAGUCGGCAGUGUUGGAGACGACCUUCACCCACGGCAGCUGGUCCACCUUCUGGGUGAAGAUGUCGUCGUGUUGGGCCUGUGUCAUCCUCUACCUCUGGCUGCUGCUGGGCCCUCUGUGCAGCUGCCAGUCCGAAUCAAGACCUCGCCGCUCACGUAUCAAACGACGCUCAGCAUCGUCGCGUCACGUCACUGUCAGUGUCUGACAGCCUGUGAGGGGCCGGCAGGACGACUAGGGUCAAAAGACUGAGAGCUUGUUUGUGGCACCUCUCAACAGAGGGUAUCAGGAAGGAGGUCUCAGGGGUCAGAGACUCACGGACCAAUCAGAGAGCUUCGUGCCCUGCUGAUAAGAGCUGAUGUCACAGGCUGGACAACAUGAACUUAAACCACUGGACUCUGCUGUGGAAACACACUUAAUACAGUGUAUUGCCAAAGGGGUUAAAGGAGUGAAGUGUAACUCUGUGUAAUGUGAGAAUUACAGUAAUUCAGUGAAAACAAACUUAUUAUGGUUUCAUUUUGGUAUUAUUUUCAGUUUUUAGCUGUUUUUAGAUUAUUACUGUUACAAGAGAGGAGCAGUUCUAGAUAUUUGCUGUAAUGUUGCUACAGAGACAUGCAUCCCUAUUUAUACCAUUAUUUUUCUGAUAAAGGAAAACCGUCUGAUUGU